AUGGAAGAAGUUAAAAAUGAUGAACUCGAUGAAGAUUUUGUUAAUGAAGUAGAGAACGCGAUAAAAUCAAUUUUUUCUCAGCUUCCUAUAAAAUAUAUAGGUUCUUCUACCAUGCAAGGAAUUUCAUUCGUAAAAUUUCUAGAAAACACCGUUGAACGUAUGAAUAGUUCAGAAGUUUCUUCUCUUCUCUCAAUUCCUUCUGAAUAUGAAUCCGUUAUUCAAUUUGUUGCACAAGAAGCAAUAAAAGAGUCCAUAGAAAAAUAUAAAGAAAGAAUGAAUGCUCUGAUAAACGAAGGAGGAAAACUCCCAAUUUUAUGGAAAAAAUCAAGUAAUUUUACCGAACAACUGGGUAAAGAAAUGUGCAAAUUUAAGGAGGAGUUGGCGGUGAGAAAUUCCAAAGAAUUAACAAUUUAUAAUGAAAAUAUUGCAAAAGAAUUAUGGAUAGAAUACGUAGAGAUUGGAUUAUACUCAAAUGAGAACAAUUCAUUUAAGAACGCUGAAGAUUUACAAUACGCAUUGAAGUUAUUUGAAUCAAAUUACAAUAAAUCGAUGAAGGAAUCUCCAGAGGCUGAUAAAAUAAUUACUUCAUACAAGACAAAUCAAUACUCAGCUGCAAUUGACUAUAUGGCACGAUUAGGAAGAAUAAACAAAGAAUUAGCAAAAACGAUGUAUACGAGAGAAGUGGCACAUAGAAAACAACUAGAAGCAUCAGCACGUGAAGAAGCACUUCGUAUAGAGAUUGAAUUAUGGUCACGUGAACGUGAGGAAUAUGAAAAAAAUAUCGAGAUUAAAACGUUAGAAUUGCAAGCAAAUAUUAGACAACAAAAACAGUUACAUCAUGAAGAAGAGAAGGGAUCUAAUAAAAUCAAAGAGAAUUUAUGGGUUUGUAUUAAGAAUCAUAUUAGAAAAAUAUUAUCGCCUUGCAAACACUAA